CUCAUAUUCAUUCCCAUACUUAUAUGUACUCUUAACACAACAUGCUCGAUUAUGCUGUCACCGCUACUCGAAACAUACGAAUGCACAACCGCCAGAUUUUUUAAAUAGCACUCUGCACUAAUCGCUCGUCGCUCGCACUUAAUUGAGCGCUCUAAAUCAACUAAUAAAAAUAAAUUGGUGUAUAAAUAAGUUUAUAAUAAUAGCCGCCUUUGCUAAAUUGGAAUCUGGCACCGCAUGAACUCAUGACAUGACGCUCGCGCUGUCGCUGGCGCUGUUGCUGCCGAAAGACCGAUUGCUAAUUAUUUAAUUUACUAAAUUUGAAGCAACAAUUUCUUGCCAACGCGCUGUGCCAUUGAAAUCCGCUUCACAUGUACGAGUAUUCAGGCACACGUAUGCAUGCUUGUAUGUGUGUAUGUAUGUAUGGGUGCGUGUCGCAAAUAUUUGCGAGAAAUGAGAAUGAUUAUAUGCGGUUGCACGUAAGCAAUUAGCGUCGUCUUUAGUCAGAUCAAAAGCGAAAAGCGAAAUGUUAAAGAGAGCACUCAAAAGGCGCAUUGUUAAAUAAUCAGCUGUGUGUUUGUAUGUGUUUUUGCUGGAAGGCAAAUGAGCGCCAGUUGUGAGCGCCAUUUUCGUAUUUCAUAACGCCGUUACGUGCUCGUGUGUGCGUAAUUUCAUUGAGCGUUUUGUGCGGUGUGUUGGCCUAACCAAAACAAAACCACAUUGGCGCUCUCACACAGACACACUCACACAUGCCAAAAAUAUAAACAAAUUUAGUGAUUGACUUUGAAUUUGUGUUUGAAUUUGCUUUUUCUGAUUUUGUUUUCCUACUUUGCACCACAAUCACUUUAUCUUCUGCUACUCUUCGUAUAAGCGCGCUCUUGCGCUCAUUCGAAUGCUUGCGCUCUUUGCUUUUAUGACAUUUGCGGAUGAACCAUACACACGUGAACGCUAGCGCACAGCUACAGCACAAAUACACAGUUGUAAUUAUGCUUGUAUGGGUAGCACCAAAAGCACAACCUCAACAAAUGCCACCGAAACUGAAACAGCAUUUUAUAACGUUACGUAAAUUCUUCUUCUCCAAACAUUUCAGAGUUCAAAUACGGCGCUGAAGUCGUCGGAAGCGGACGCAUUAACUCCAGCAGCUGGACAAAUUGGCCGAAAAAUAGUUUGACUACAAUUACAAAUAACAUCAAAUAAAUACUAAAAUAAACGGUGAAUUCUUGCACAACAACAAAUUGGUAUUGUGUGCAAGCGGUUUUUGUUUCUGUCGAAUUCGAUUCAGUGUUAUAAAAGAAUGCCAAUUGUAAUGGUUGAUAAGUGUAAAAAUCUAUAACAGUAUUACGUAAAGUACGUGUUACGUCUUCAUGCGGUGAAAAAAGCGGAAAUUACGAAAAUUUGUUUUUGUUUUCGUUUGUUUAAGAGUUUGAUGUCGCUGCAAAGGUGAAAGGUUGUGCAUUCAAGAGCAAAACAACAAAAAUAAAAUAAAUAAAUUAUUAUAUUAAAUUAAAAUACAAAAUUAGAAUUGUGCAUGAGAAACGCGAAAAUGCGUAAAGCUAUUACUCAGUGAAUGUGAAAGAAGCAAGUGAAGCUAAAGCAUAGUGUUAACACAAAGCAAAAGAAGAAGAAAAAUAAGUUUUGCAGUGCAGAAGUAACAAAUAAUGUCAAAAAGUGCCACUGAGCAAUAUCAAAUCAAAAAGAAGCGAAAACACAACCAAAACAAAGCAAGCAACAACCAAGUGAAGCAAACAAACCAAAUUUUUAAAAAUCAAAUUAAAAUUCACAACAAUAAUACAAAUAAGUGCAAAGUGUUUAGGAAAAAUACAACAACUACUGGCGACGCUUUAAUCAAACAAUUAACGCUCACUGAAUUCUGUCUGCAGCAGCAGCAGCAGCAGCAGCUACAACAGCAACAGCAGCAACAAUUUGAAUACUUAUUUCAUAACCACAACAACAACAGCGUAAAUUUAGUGACGCCCACAAAGUUGAUAGUGAACGCCAAGAACGUCAAUAGCGACGUUGUUGCGACGCGUUCGUACGCGCAGUGCAACAAACUGUAUAAGAACACUGCAACACAGCGUCCCUGUUGCAUACGUGACCACGCGCAGGUGCUGUUACAAAAGAGCACACGCUUAAGUGCAGAGAACGGCAAAAGCAGCAGCCGCAGCAACAGCAUACUUAUCACUAGCAAACGCAACGCCAUUAGCAACAUGCCGCUCUCACAAGGCUACUCCGCGAAAGUGUGCGCCGGCGGCGCCAUAAAGCGUACCGCGUCCAAACCCUCGCUACCACGGCAAGUGGAGGCGGCGAAGCGCAGCAAAUCAGCGGCGGCAGAGAAUUUUACACGCCUCGCGCCGCAGCGGCAUCUGCACGCGCGUCAUGCCAAUAGCGGCAAUGGCAGCAGUAACAAGUGCAUAAAGGGCGGCAGCAACGGCAAAUACGACAACGCGUACAAGUCAACGCCGACUGCAACAACACUACUGGUGGGCGCCGCUGCGCGCUAUACGUCCAAUACGUCCACUGAUCUCACGCAUAGCAGCAAUUUGCAGUUCUACUAUUUGCUAGCCGAGUCCUUGACGCGCUACGGUAGCCUCUUGGAGGCAUUCGAUGUGUAUGCAUUUAUAGCCAGCGAGCAGCUCGACAGCUGCAUACCGCUGGACCGUCUCAAUACAUUCGCGAGCGCGCUUAUAACGUACGUGCGACAGAUGGGCGCGCCAGUUAAUGACAGCAGUCAGGAAUUGUUUGCCACCUCCGUGGUGAGCGCGAACAAACUCUCCGAUAGCCACGCGCUCGAGUCAACAUUGAAGGUGAAGUAUGAGCGCAGCUCCGCCAGCUGGAGCGCCGGCGCAUCGGGUGUGGUGCCAUGUGGCAUUGCGGCCAGUACGCCGCCGGUGCCGGAUGCGGUGGUGGGCGCGGGCUUAACGGACAUGCAUUCGCCUACGCGAGAACUAUUACGUGUGCCAAGUCCGACGCAAAGCGAAGACUACGAUCCGUUGUUGUGUCCGCUUUGCAACGACAUUCUACGUUGUCCGGUGACUACGAAUUGUGGACACACUUUUUGUCGGCAGUGUUGCGAUACCAUAACGCAAUGCAACAUCUGUCAUGUGAAGUUUCCACGCAGCAGUCACGAUGAUUUUGUCUCGGAUGUAACGAGUGGCGCGCGCAGUUACGCGAAUACAUCUAGCGCCACGCUCACCACACUAACAACGGCAACAACAUCAUCGGCGGCUUUAACAACCGCAAGCGCUUACUUGCUGCCCUCACCUGUGGCAGCGCCGCGCUUGUCAGCGAUAAAUGCAAAUCAAAAUGCGUCCACCUCAGCGUCGGUCUUCACAAACAUUUCCACUUAUGCGCCAACUGUUGAAAACAACACCGCGUCACUAGGCAACGAUAAUUCCUUGCUCAGAAGGCGCCUACAAGCGCGCAGCCCACUUGAUGGUGGUAGUAGCGGUGGCCAUGAUGGCUUCGAAACAACUGUUGCACCUGCUCGUUUGCAGUUGUUGCCAACGCCGACGCCAACGGCUACUCCGCCAACGACCGUGACGACGGCAACUGUUGCUUCAACAACGGCCACGGCCACCACCACAAUGGCGUCAUCGGCAUCGGGUGGCGGCGCUGGUGCCGCGGCCACCAUAACUGGCUCAGCGGCGAAUAUGAAAUUCAUGCCAGACGUCUUAGUGCGCCGUCUGGUGGAGAAAUGGUGGGGCGCCGAUUUGCAGGCGAAGAAGAACAAUGAAACCGCCGCCAGCUACAUGCAUAUGAAUCUGCUCGAUGACGCGUUAAAAUUCUGCAACGUCAGCUUGGAGAAAUCGCCCUCUAAUUUCAAAAGCUUAUUACUACGCGCCGAAGUUUUGCGCAAGCUCAAUCAUUUCCAAAGCUCCUUGGGUGAUGUUGAGAACGCGUUGAAGAUACGAAACACUUCAGCGAAGGCUCAUUAUCUACGCGCUCUGGCUUUGUGUGAUCUUGGCCGUUGCGAUGAGGCACUCUACGACAACUGUCUGGCCAUAAGUCUCGACAAAGACACACUACUUACUAGUUCGGAAUUAUUUCAACAUGAUCUCGCAAAGAAUUUGCAGAAACUUCUCGCCCAAACCCCGAAAAGCAAAUCGCUGCUACAGCGUACCUUCAGCUCGGCCGCUGCUGUGGCCGCAGUUCCUUACAAACUACUCGCCGCAGAGCAACAAUUGCGCCGGCGCAAACAAAUCGCUCUACUGAGCAAUGCCAAUGGCGAUCAUAUGAGUUCAUACGAUGAGGAAUUUAUACCGUAUGAUAACAGUAAAUGUGAUAUUAUCGCAGAUAGCGAUUAUCUGACAACAAUGGAUGACGCCAUAGGUGGCGUUGGAGGUGUUGGUGUUGGUGAAGAGGUGGUAGGCGGCAACGCCAAUAUUUCCGGCUAUAUCUCAGGUAUCGGCGACACGCUCAUGGAUAAACGUUUCUCCAUCUAUGCCGGUAUGGAGAAGCACUUCGAUAUUGAGCUGCGACGACAGUCAUCGCGUAAACAUUUCCGCCGGAAAUGGACACCCAAGGAAACGGAAUUGGUACCCACAUUCAGUUCGUCGUUGGAAGAAGCCCACUACAGUGGGCUGUUUCGCAGCACUUUGGAACGGGUGAAGCAAGAGCUGCAACGGCUGAAAAAGCUCGAUUUGGCUAACGGCACACCGCAGAAGCAAAUGCUACAAGUGCCAGCGGGUCUUGUGGACGCAAGCGAUUUCGAUUGUGUGCUGUGUUGCCGCACCUUCUGGAAGCCUGUGGUAACGCCAUGCGGUCACACCUACUGCCGGGUAUGCUUGGAUCGUUGCAUGGAUUACACCUCCUCGUGUCCAUUGUGCAUGUCGCCACUUGUGGAACCAAAUGUCAAUACCAUGUACCAGGGCUCAUCCUCGCCCGUUCCCUUCAUUGUGGCCAAGCGGCCUGUGACCAAAUUUCUUGAAGCCGCAAUGAAACGAUUCAUUCCAGACAACUACGAGAAACGGUUCCAGCAAGAGAUCGAUCUGGAGCCAUCGGUGCCGGUCUUCAUCUGUACAACCGCCUUCCCGUACGUACCGUGCCCGCUAUUCGUGUAUGAGCCACGCUAUCGGCUAAUGGUGCGACGCGCUGUUGAAUCCGGUGAGAAGCAAUUUGGUAUUGUGCAGCCAAAUAGCGGUAAAUCGCGUUACUUCGAUAUCGGCACCAUGCUGGACAUACGCGACUGCGUACUGCUCGGUGAUGGCUGCUCCAUACUCAGCACGGUGGGCUGCAAGCGCUUCAAAAUUUUGGCGCGCAACGAAAAGGAUGGCUACGAGACCGCCAAAGUGGAGUAUAUCUACGAUGAGACUAUACCCGAUGAGAUGGUGAAGACGGUUAACAAUAUGCAUGCGAUCGUUUUGGCGAAGGCGAUCGACUGGUUCGAAAGUCUCAGAACCGAACUGAAGCAAGAGAUACUGCAAAGUCUGGGUGAGAUGCCAGCGGUGGAGGAGAACUGGGAGACCAUCGCCGAUGGUCCGGCGUGGGCGUGGUGGAUCAUAGCAUUGCUGCCGCUCAAUCAGCAACUAAAAGUUGAUAUACUGGCCACAACAUCGCUGGAAAAGCGGCUGCGCGCCAUCGAAAAGACGCUGGACUACAUGUCGGGCACUUUGCGACGUACGCAACAAAAUGACCUCAGCGUUGUGGUGCCACAGCAGCAGCAACAACAGCAACAACAACAACAGCAGCAAUUACAACAAGAGCAACAAGAAGAUUGCGAGCUCGAGCUGCCGCAAAGCGAUGAAUGCUGUCAGCGCUCAACCAACAAUGCGCUGCGCACUGUCAACGGUGAACCGCAUCAUCACCACCAUCACCAUCAUCAUCAUCACCAUCAUCACCACCACCAUCAUCAUCAUCAUGCGAGCAGCAGUGAGCAACAACAACUGUUACUGUAGUGUUGCUCAGGCGGUGUGGCGGUAAUCUCGGCAGUAGAGAGAGUUACGAAGGAAAUGUAAUUUGUGCGCGUUGGAGAAAUCUAUUGCGCGCUGCGGGAAAUGCAUCAACAAAUACCAAAAGCUUUAAAGAAAAUCUGAAAUUUAAUUAACAAAAACACACACACACUCACAUAAAAAUCACGAGUACAUAAGCAGUAACAGUAAACACAUAUUACACACACACACAUACACAAGCUGCAAUUAUGCGGUCUUCUAUGUAUAGUGGCAACACCUAAGGCAUAUGCCACGCCUAGUUUAAGUUUUCCUAAUUUCUUUUCUAAUAUUACCAUGUAUGUAUGUAUAAGUGAUGUAAUUACAAGAAAUUAAGCUCCUAUUUAGUAAGUGUAUGUGUAAUUGUGUCAGUUGUUUAAACAGUUUUAGCAUUGUAAUCUAAUUACUUGUCUUAUACCAUUUCAAAUGAGGGAAUUUAUAAAAAGAAAAAAAUACAAAAUAAACUAAAAUGAAGAAAAUUAAUCGAAUUAACACUUGAGAAAUGUAAACAAAAAUUUGCAAAUAAUUUUAAAAUGCAGAAAAUCUGAAAUCUGCAAGCAACUAAUUGUUUAGCGGCCAAACAAAGCAAAAUAAAUUUAAUUAAUAAAUACUAAAAUA